CAAGUUCCCGAUGCCCGAAACUACCGAAAAAGCUUUGUAAUUUCAGUCGAAGAGUAAAGUGUGUCAACAGUCAGCUGUGUCGGUCGCGUUUACGUUCACGCGAUCCUGACGAUUGAUCGCGAUUUGUGUUUGCUUUAUUUCUUUUCCUGUUUAUCUCUCGCGUCGCCAAGAUGUUUUCAAAUAGCUCGCAAAAGAAAUACUGGAUGUUUAGCGAUGAGAACGAUUUGACGACGUUGAGGGAGAAAACCAACGCUGAUUUUAUCGCAAAUCAUGGUGCCAACAUGACUCCCGAAGAAAGGGAGGAACAUUUUCUCUCGCACUCGGAGGAGCGUACCCUGCUCCGUUUCUACGAAUUACAAUUGAGAGACUUCUGUCGCCGAUUCAAUCCACCGAUGCCACGUGCUACUGUAGCCACUGCCUUACAUUACUUUAAAAGGUUUUACCUCAGAAACAGUGUGAUGGAUUAUCAUCCGAAAGAGAUUCUCGUCACUUGCGUUUAUCUAGCGUGUAAAGUUGAAGAAUUUAACGUCUCCAUAUCUCAAUUUGUAGCAAAUAUUAAAGGAGAUAGAGAGAAAGCGUCUGACAUAAUUCUUAAUAAUGAAUUACUUCUCAUGCAACAGUUGAAUUAUAAUCUUACUAUUCAUAAUCCAUUCAGGCCUGUUGAAGGAUUGAUGAUUGAUAUAAAGACAAGAUACACGUCUUUGGAAAAUCCUGAAAAAUUAAGGCAACACAUAGAUGAAUUCUUAGAAAGGGUUUUCCUGACGGACAGCGUUCUUCUUUACUCUCCGAGCCAAGUUGCGUUGGCUGCAACUUUGCACGCGGCAUCCAGAGCUUCCGCAAAUCUAGAUAAUUAUGUUACUGAUAUACUCUUCUCGAGGGAGCAAUUGGGUGGGAUUAUAGAAGCUGUGCGAAAAAUACGUUCAAUGGCUAAAUGUGUGGAACCACCGUCGCGAGAAGUAGUAAAAGCUUUAGAGAAGAAACUUGAUAAAUGCAGAAAUCAAGAAAAUAACCCUGAUAGCGAAAUAUACAAACAGAGAAUGCAGGAAAUGCUGGAUGAAGAGGAUUUACAGGAUAACGAAAAAUAUGCAAAAAUUAUCCAGGAUCAGGCGGCCCACGACGAUAAAAUUUUGGGAGUUAGUAAAAUUUUAUCUCCAACUGUUCUGUGAUAAUAAAUGUAAAUUUUGUAUGAUAAACAUUUCUCACAUAA